CCCAGCCAGCUCCAUGGGGGGAAAAAACCCGACAGAGGAGGCGAAUAACGGUACACACACCAAUAUUUAUGGAGCCGAUGCCCGCACUUAACUGAACCACAUCUGCUCUCCUGAUGCAUGCCUGAAUACAUGCGUGUGGAGACGGAAGAGGGGAACGGCGUUUCGGGGGAGACGAAAACAAGCGGUCCACCAUUGUCUGCGUAGAAAUAAGAAUGGCCUGGAUAUGGAAGAGGAAGUCGUUGAUCGCCACCAGUCUGAUCGUGGCGGUCUCGCUCUUCGUGGUGGUUGUGAACUACUCGGAGAAGCCCUACUUCCUGCUGAAGCCGGUGUUGGAUCAGACGUUCAGCAGCCACUGGAUGUUCUCCAAGCAGCCGUAUAAGGCCUUCAAGCCUCACCUGGGCUACGUUAGCAUCCCCAAGCAGGAGCCUCUGAAGCUGCACUGUGAGCUCUGCAGCAUCGUGUCCAGCUCCGGCCAGAUGUUGGGCCAGGCUGCCGGUGCGCAGAUCGAUCGCUCUCCCUGCAUCUGGCGGAUGAACAACGCGCCCACACGGGGUUUCGAGGUUGACGUCGGCCAGCGCACCACGCUGAGAGUCGUCUCGCACACCAGCGUCCCCCUGCUGCUGCAGAAGCCCCAGUACUUCUUCGGCCAGGGCAACGACACCGUCUAUGUGGUGUGGGGGCCGCUGAGAAACAUGAGGAAGGACGGGAAGGGCAUCGUGUACAACAUGCUGCGACAGGCGGCCGAGAACUACCCGCAUGCACGCAUCUACGUCACCACAGAGGACAGGAUGAACUACUGCGACAUGGUCUUCAAGAAGGAGACGGGAAAAGACCGGAUCCAGUCCGGCUCCUACCUCAGCACAGGCUGGUUCACGCUCAUCCUCGCCAUGGACAUGUGCAAAGAGAUCCAUAUCUACGGCAUGAUAAAUGACACCUACUGCAAGACGGAGGGCUACAGAAAGGUUCCCUAUCACUACUACGAGGCGGGCAGUCGGGACGAGUGCGCGGAGUAUCUGCUCCACGAGAGCGCCCCGUAUGGCGGGCAUCGCUUCAUCACGGAGAAAUCUGUGAUCGGCAAGUGGGCCAAACCUCACUCCAUCAAGUUCUUUAACCCCCCGUGGACGCUGUCGUGACCCUGGCUGAACCAACAAGGAAAUAUAACACCGUCAUCGCCAUUACCAUCGUCUCCGUCGACGGGGGAUCGCUACUCUGACAGCGUGUUCCCUAAUGUGCACAAUCCUCACAUUUUGGCACACAUUCCUCUUCAUAUCCAUUAAAAAAGGUUGUUUGAUGGCUGCUGUUCAAGUCCUGAAUGGCAAAGUGAUUUUGUGACAGAAAGACUUCCUGUUGAAUUCAUAAACAUGGUCAGCAAAAAACAUAUCUCCUGCAUCUUGAAUCUGAGAGCUGACGAGUUGUUCUCUUCACUGACCAGUCGAUCCUCUCGCUGCUCUGUGAGCUUAGCAACGGGGGGAAACAACAGGAAGUUACUACGGUGUGUCAACAUUCACUGACCUCACAUGUCUGCAGGCGAUGUACAUGGCAGAGGCUGAAGAAGACCUCAAGUGGCCAUGGACGCCUGUUGAGCUCGCCUACUCUGUUUCCCUCUGACUCCUGUCAGGCUGUAAUGAAUCCAUAACAAGCAUCAUUCAGGCCUUCCCCUCUGACUGAGGGAUAAUCGAGGCAUUUUUUAUCUGCUCCGCCUACAACAGAUUCAACGAACAAGGUCAUUUGAAAAAGAAAACCUCAACGCUAAACAAGAGUCACGGCUGUAAAUCAGCUGUUUAACGUCAUGCUUUGCUGUGUGUAAACUCACACGACUAAAAGAUGUCAGCUGUUUCCUUCUUUUAUAACGCUGUGAAACUUUUAAGAGACACGUUCCGCCUCGAUCUGGAUCGGUUGCUAAUUUAUUCAGCUCUUCAGCAACGCUCCGUAACAGUGUGCCAUUGACAAUGUGAGCAUCACAGCACAUAGAGCAAUGUGCAAUUACAAACUCACAGAGGGAGUUGUAUCAUUUGUGACCCCCGCAGAGGGAGAGAUUUAUGUGUGCAGUGAAACCAUUGGAAGUUAAUUGUAUUCCAUUAUCAUUUUGUGCCUGCGAUACACUCAUUGUAUAGAGACGGAGGAGGAUGCCGCUCCUCUCUCCAUCGCUCAUAUUUUCAUCUCAGCUUUGUGCCUCUUUGUGUACACUAUCACCGUGUGAACACAUCUGCCCGUUUGUCUUUGAACGCAGCAUGCAUGUCUCCCGGUUCAGGUCGUAACAUUUGAAUGCAUCAGUUCCAGCGCAGUGAAGAAUAAUCAGUGAGGUGUGUAGGUCGGAUGGUCUCCGUGGAGGGCUUAGACUCUCUGGCUGUGAACAUGACUCUCCCCCCACCCCCCCACCAACUUCAAGACUGUGAUUAGUGUCCCGGUCGGAGCCGCAGCCCGGAGGGAAUGACACUGGAAGGAAUCAAAGUCUAAUUUAGGCGACUUGAUGCACAGGAUCCCUGACGACUGUAAUAAACUGCAGCUGAGCUCCACAGCCGCGCUGCUCUGUUUACGCUCACACUCAGACACUUCAUUUUGGGCUCCUUCUCAGUGAGCAUCGAUUUGGUGAUUUACAGGUCAACAUGUAGGUUGAAACUGGAAGGGUUGUGGAUUUCUUGGCAGACGCGCAGCUACAACUGAAGACUCUGAGGUCAUGUCUUCUUGGUGUUUCUUUAAUGUAGUGUGGGGAGGAUUUAAAAAAGACAGAUCCAGUUUUAUUGUGUGGGAUUGUAACAGGCCAAUACAUAAGUACAGUUUUAAGUAUUUAUCCCCUGAAAAGCAGUUCGAAGAAGGCUUUGCAAUAUUAUUAUCUUACAUUUCUUAACUAGUCCAUAUUACAAUUUACCGUACAUUUUGUUUUACUUGAGACAUCUGUAAAACUAGCCUUUCGACUGCUUAGACCUCAGUGACCUUUUAAAGGAACUUAUCCUGCAGGAAACUGAAAGGAUCUCAAAAUAGUCCCUACUCUGUGUGAGCAUGCCUGGAGUCUAAUGUACUGUAAGAGUUCCUGAUUGAUCCAACAUUAGCCUCCGGCGACUACAACUUAUACAACAGUUAUUGACAGAGGAAGCAAGCAAACAGCUACAACACUUCUUAAUGUAAGGACUAGAAGUGGACAUUAAUUCUAAUGUUUGUAGAGAGUUAUGUAAUGAAUUCCUGACGCUUCUUCAGACACGUGUUCUGUUGUUUCCUGUCCGCUUCAUGUUGCACGUCUCCCUUGCAGCAUCUAAUCAACAUGAAAAUACAACAUAAUGAUCCUUUGUUUUUAAAUCCGGGAUGAAAAACAAACCAGAUUGUCUUUCCUUGAUCCAUUUUUAGCCCAAUUUAUAUCUUCAGUCUUCUUCACUUGCAGUGGAAACACAAAUGUGCCCUUUUUUAUUUAGUUAUUAAGAGUAAAACGGCAACUAAGUUCCGUAACAACUGAGCAACUCCUUCCUCUAAUGAAGAUUGUUGAAGAAGUCGGCAAUUGAAACCUAAAGAUACAGCUCUUAAAAAAUACAGAUGUUUUAAAUUACUUUCCAGUUAUAACCCAGAACUCUUGGUGCAUGUUGACCUGCAAAUAUCCAAAACCUGCUCUCUGGUUCAUUGUGUGUCUUGUUGGGUUGUCUCAUAUUUCUCGGCAUAAAGCACCCGAGGACUAUCACAGAACGACCUCCAACUCACAACUCAUUGUAAGUCCGCCCAGCUGAGGAAGAGCAUCAGCAAAAAUGUAAAAUCGGCCUAUAUUAAAUUCCAGCCGGUAUGGCUCAGCGUAUAAGGGAUGGCUGUAACACAGACGGGGUCACGGGUCAGAUUUCCUCUGGGACAACACUGCGCUCCAGAGGUGUGAAGUAACCCCGGACCACACGAUGUAUGUAAAACUGAAAAAACGUCUCUCUGUGAUAUUCCUCCUGCUCUGCAAGCUAGAAGAUAGGAUGUGUGCCUCUGGAAGAGUUAGAAACAUGCUUUUAUCCUGAGGUAAAACAUCCCCUGACACUGAAUUACACAGGAGCCAUGCAUGUUACAUGAUUAAUGUACAUCUCCACGCAGCCUGUGAUUGUGCAUUCAUCCGGCAGCUUCACCUCUGCUAUACAGGAUAUCACGAACGCUUCACACAAACACAAGUUUUAGCUGUCCCAUAUGAUUGUCAGGUGUGUUAUGGUGCAUUAUUUUAUUCUAAUGUUCACAUUCUUCUCCUCUUAUUGUUGCUCUUUUUUGUUGUUGAUGCAGUGGCUUGUGUGUUGCCAAUAUUUUCUGCUGCUGCAGGCUGUGCUCUUGGUUUUUUUCUGAUCAACAAACACUCCUUUGUCUUCGGCCAGAACAACCUGGAAGGAUCCCAACAGAUGUAUUAUACAGGAUAUUAUAGAAAAUUAGUCGUUAAGGAGAUGCUUUCGCUGUGAAUAAGUAACACUAUGAAGAAGAGUGGGAGGAAAAAUAUAGUUUUAAUGAGCAUUUAUACAUUAUUUUACUGUUUGUUUUAACUUUAAACCAAUAGUUUGACAGUUAGGACAUAUCUUAUUCGCUGUCUUGCCGGCAGUAAGGUGAUAUGUUUGAUUGAUCUCAUACCUUACAGUACAUUUGAAGCUUCAACCAGUAGCCGGUUAGCAUAUCCUAGCUUAACUUAGCUCUAAAAUUGGAAACCGGUGCGCACAGCAAGCUUGGCUUCGUACAAAGUUAACUAAAUCCUCUUAAAAGCUUACAAAUUAACAUGUUCUAUCUCAUUUGUUUAUGCAUGUAAACAUCGAAGUGUGAAAAACAGCAAUUUGUGUUUUUUUACACUUGGUUUUGUGCCCGAGUGUACGUCGGCUAGGAGCUGUUGCAGCUGAGAUUCCAGGAAAGUCUAACCCUCUGUCGCACUGGUUCUGAUCCUUUGGAAUUUGGGAUAACUUUGUGACCCAGAGGAAGCUAACUGUUGGCACCGAGGUGACCGGUAUUGAAAGAACUUGGUUUUGUCUAUAUCCAUAAAACUCACCAGCCCUCUCUGAUUUCUUUUGAAGCUAUUUUCUGUCUAAAACCAUUUCUGUCCUGCUGCUGAAACACAGGCUCAUUCCCUCUUAUGUAGAGCUGUGACCUGUAGGCUGUCACCAUGUAGGGCUGUUGGGAAAUCGUUCAAAUUAAAAGACAGAAUAUGUACUUUACCGUACGCGUGUCACAUCACUUUUGUCAUUUAAGACUCGGUUCCAAGGGUGUUAGAGCUUUUGAAAUUGAUAAAAAUACUAAUUGGAUUGUGAAUGAGGUUGAUAAAAUAGAAGCUUAAAGUUCGGAUCUCACUUUGGCUCUCUAUAACUUCCUAUAAAAACAGCACAUUUUCCUUUUAUCUUUAAGGUUUUUGCACAGAAAGAUAUAACCAUAUUAAUCUAAUUAGUGAACCUUAUUUGGACGGAGCCAGUCCAACUGUUUCCAUUAUUUAUGCUAAGCUAACCAGCUAGCUGUAUUUUACGUAACUAUUCUUAUCUAUCCUCACAUUUUAUCAUCUAACUCUCCAGCAAAACGCAAAUCAAUUUCCCAAAAUGUUGAACCAUUUCUAACUAUUUCUCCCCUGGAUAUUUUAACUUUUGGUUCUGGCUCUUUUGUUUUUCUCUCACUGAACUUGAACUGAUCAUUUAAAUCACAUGAAGCUUCCAUUUGGGGAAAUGGUUUCAUCCCUCCUUUCAAACCUGAAGCAGACUCUUCUCUUUGUACCUCGCAGUAUGCAAAUAUGAACAAAAAUAAAACACAUUGCUUGUCCUCAGCCUCACGGUUACAGAAGCUGAAUGAACUCCAUUUUAUUAUACCAAGUUAAAAAGUAAUUGAAGGUUGCGUCGCCUAAAACUAGCAGCGCCUGCUUAAAAAAAAAAAACCUGAUUAAAAUGUCUCGGUCUGCAGGUCUGCACAACAGAGAUGUUCAUUACCACUGCGUUCAAAAUGCUCUCAUUAUUUGUGUCUUUUUUUCUGGUCCAGAUCAUUGCUGAUAAUUAUGUUUUGGAGUUCAGAUUUUAACGAUUGUCUUCCCUUUGUAGCAUUUCCUCCUGACUGUUGUACUUGUUGCCAUUUUUCUCAAAUGCCUUAAAGUUCAUUUGAAUUUCUCCUUCACCGUGUGCACGUCUUGCAUUCCUUUUUUGUGUUGUAAAGCACUUUCCUUUUUUCCAUUUUCAGGUCAAGUGUCCUUGUGAAAAGUGUAACUUUGGUUGGAGUGUUGAGUUGCAUUGAAUGUAAUAUAACACUGAGAGGUUGUUAUAAAGAAAGAUGCUUUUGCUAACACAGUUAACACUCCUUUUUAUCGGUUGAAGAAUAACAUCUGCAUGGAGAAUUGCAGGUCGUUUAAUUGUACAUGUUGUUAAACACGUAGUGAUUAUAUGUAUUAUUCUGUCACUUGCUGUCUACUUAUUAGCUAAAAAUAGAUAUAUGGUGAAUGUUCUUAUUUUUACCGACGUGUCCUCUGUGUCUUUUAUUCUCUGUGGGGAUUAAAAGAAACCUAAAAACCUUG